GCGGUCACGUGACCGCAGCCGGCCCGCCAAGAUGGCUGCCUCCUACGUGGCCUUGCUGGCGCUGUUCGUAUCCCUGCCGCUGCUGCUGCUGAUCUCGUGGAAGCGCUGGCGGCAGGGGCGCACGGCCCGGCACGUGGUCGUCGUGGUGCUGGGCGAUGUGGGCCGCAGCCCUCGAAUGCAGUACCACGCGCUGUCGCUGGCCAAGCGCGGCUUCUCCGUGACCCUCCUGGGGUACUGCAACUCCAAACCCCACGAUGAGCUCUUGCAAAACGACCGAAUUCAGAUUGUGCGUUUGACAGAACUUCAGAGACUUGCAGUUGGGCCGCACAUUCUUCAGUACGGAGUCAAAGUUGUAUUUCAGGCUGUGCACUUGCUGUGGAAGUUAAUGUGUAGGGAGCCAGCAGCCUACAUCUUUCUCCAGAACCCCCCGGGCCUGCCAGCCAUUGCUGUCUGCUUGUGUGUGGGCUGCCUCUGUGGGAGCAAGCUCGUCAUCGACUGGCACAACUAUGGCUACUCCAUUAUGGGUUUGGUGCACGGCCCCAGCCACCGCCUCGUUCUGCUGGCCAAGUGGUACGAGAAGCUCUGCGGCCGCCUGUCCCACCUGAACCUGUGUGUGACCAACGCGAUGCGGGAAGACCUGGCAGAGAACUGGGGCAUCAAAGCUGUGACUGUCUACGACAAGCCUGCAUCUUUCUUUAAAGAGACACCCUUGGACCUGCAACAUCAGCUCUUUAUGAAGCUGGGCCGCACCUACUCUCCGUUCAGGGCCAGCUCAGAACCCUCAGACCCGGCCACGGAGAGGUCGGCCUUCACGGAGCGGGAUGCUGGGAGCGGGAUGGUGACAUGUCUUCGCGGGCGGCCGGCCCUCUUGGUCAGCAGCACGAGCUGGACAGAGGAUGAAGACUUUUCCCUCUUGCUGGCAGCAUUAGAAAAGUUUGAACAGCUGAUCCUGGAUGGAGAACGCCUUCCCUCUCUGGUCUGUGUGAUAACAGGCAAAGGGCCUUUGAAGGAGUAUUACAGCCACCUCAUCAGCCAGAAGCACUUCCAGCACAUCCAGGUCUGUACCCCGUGGUUGGAGGCUGAGGACUACCCCCUGCUUCUCGGUAAGAACAGCCAGCAGGAGCUUUGCCUCCGGGUGGGCAGUGGUGGCCUGGGCAUCAUGGGGGUUCGGUUUCUUCUCCAUGCCCCUCAGGCCUCCCUCAAUUGUCUCUACAGCUUACACGAGCUUGUGAAACAUGAGGAAAACGGCCUAGUCUUCAAGGACUCGGAGGAACUGGCCGCUCAGCUGCAGAUGCUUUUCUCAAAGUUUCCUGAUCCUGCUGGCAAACUGAACCGGUUCCGGAAGAACCUCAGGGAGUCCAAGCAGCUUCGUUGGGACGAAAGCUGGAAGCAGACGGUUCUCCCUUUGCUUAUGGACACAUGAUCCCUUGGGCCAAAGACUGAACCCCACCGAGUGUGUCCUGGUGCUGGAUGUCGGGGAAGGAAGACCCUCAUGCUGACGUGAACCCCUCCCUGCUCCCUCCUUCCCCUUCCAGAAACCUGGCACUUCCCUCCCGCAGCCCCUUCCAGCUGCUGCCCAGUCCCUGCAAAGUCCUUCAAGCAGCGCCUCCCAGUGGACGGCAGCUGUAAGGACGGCGGGUGCAGCCUGGGGAAUGAAGUUAUUUUAAUGCCGAGGGGUUUGUGCCCAGGAAACUGGUUCAGCCUGGUUUCUUCUUUGGAAGAACCACUUCUGUCUUUUCCUUUCCUCUUCUUUGAGUGUUUUCUUUUCCCCAGUUUAUUACUUUUCUGUGAUUUGCCAGGGCUUCUUCAACAUCUCUUCGUCCCUGCUUUUGUCUCUUGGUAUCUGCCUUUCCCAGCAUCUGCCCUGUCGUGUCCCCGUUUUCACGUCCGCCUUAAAUACAGCCGGCCCACUGCACUGUCAGAGCAGACGUGUCGUGUAUACUAUGGGCUUGAUUUUGUGUGGGAGUCCAGGAUGGGGGGGAAAACAUACGUUAUGUUUUUGCACAAAUGAAAUGCUUAUCUCUGAGCCAAAAUUUUCAUCUCUGAUUUAUGGUGAUUUGCCUAAGAACCGGAAA